AUGGAUCUGGUAACAGUCUCGGUGACGGUGGAUCCGCGGUCUGAAUCACAAAGAACAGCACCAUUUGAUGAAGUCGAUGUGGCAGAACUAAAACUUCGCUUGAAAACGAUGAUCGCUCAACUGCAUAUGAAGUAUUAUUCAACUCGGCCUGAUGUUCUCCUAAGCCCGAAUUUACCGUCACGUAACAGCAGUUUUCGGCGAAUGGUCGCCUUUACCGCCGAGAUUCCGGUCGGAGAAGAUUUUGAUCCUAUGCGAGAUUUGAAGAGAAUAGAGUGGAUUCCGCAAGCUGUUCAGUAUGGCGGACCUCCAGAGACACGAAAGUACUGUGUGGUGGCGGCACGUGGUGAAGUAGUCGUUCAUGGUGGUAGUGUACAUUUUGGUGAUGGUAUGGGUAUGAUGGGCUACACAUACCUGAUGUCACCUGUGGCUACGCAACCAACGUUGGCCACACCCACCAGCAACGGUAUCUCCCACAAUCGCCUUGAUUUCAGUGUUCUAGUUAUACACUGA